AUGAAGAUACUGAGCUGGAACUGUCGGGGCGUGGCAGCCACCCCGACGGCAAGAGAGCUGAGGAACAUUUGUUCCAAUAAUAAGCCGUCUAUUGUCUUCCUUAUGGAGACUCGAGCUAGAAGGGAAAAGAUUGAAGAACUUAGAAGAAGACUUGGUUUUGAUUACUAUUUUACUGUUGAUCCAAGAGGUAUUUCAGGGGGUCUGGCCCUCCUUUGGAAGAAAGAGGUACACAUCCACAUUUUCCAGUCAUCUGCUUAUUUUAUCCACUCCUCAGUGCAAGCCAGCAAUGAUACUUCCCCUUGGGAUUGCACCUUUGUUUACGGGGAUCCUUGUCCACAAAGGAGAAGACUUCUUUGGCCCCAAAUUGCAGCCGUGUGCUACAAAGAGGAUACCCCUUGGUGCCUCUUAGGUGAUUUUAAUGAUAUUUUGCACAAUCAUGAAAAGGAAGGGCUGAGACCCCAAUCCCCAUUAGUCUUACAAAGAUUUCGAGACUUUGUUCAUAGUUUGGAGCUUAUGGAUAUUGACUUAAAGGGUUGUAAAUUCACUUGGCACAACAAUCCGAGAGAUGGUUUUGUUACUAGAGAGAAAAUUGAUAGAGUCUUGGUCAAUUGGCGGUGGAGGGCUCUCUUUCAAAAUGCUACAGCCAUUGCCUAUCCUCAAAUCACCUCUGAUCACUCGCCAAUUCUCUUUGAUCACUCCCCUACCAACAGGAGCAAGAACCUCUUCAAAUACGAGGUUUUCUGGGAUGAACAUGAACAGUGUGGAGAGAUAGUCGCACAGGGCUGGUCUAAACCUACGGGCUAUGCUGAUCCUUGGCAGGACCUUUCCAAAAGAAUUAAUAAUUCAAAGAACAGUAUCUGGCAGUGGCAGAAAAAAACUUUCAAGGUGGCUGAUAAGGAGAUAGAGAGAUUGCAACAAGACCUGCUGAAAGUGCAAGGGAUGCCCCAUCAUCUGGUUGACUGGAAUAGAGUCAAGGACACAAAGGAGGAGAUUGACAGGUUAUGGAGACAAGAGGAACUCUUUUGGGGGCAAAGAUCACGCAUUAAAUGGGCCAGAUAUGGUGAUAAAAAUUCUCGUUUCUUUCAUGCUUCUACAAUCCAAAGAUGA